AUAAAACCACCCAAAAACUCUAAAAAAAAAAACAAUCCCACCACUCUCUUUCUCUUCUCUGCAACUCAGAGCCUUCAACAAUGGCGUCAAUGGCUCUGAGUUUAACCUCUCCUCCAACUUCUUCUCUCUCCUUCAGAUCUCUCAAACCCAUCUCAAUUUCAUCCAUCAAAUCUCACCCUUCCAUUUCUUUUCCUUCUCUCAGAUCCAACUCUCCAAAACCCAUUUCUCAAAAACACUUUCUCUCUCCUCCAUCUCUCCUCUCAUCAUCAUCAUCAUCCUUCAAACUCAAACCCAUUUCAUCAUCAUCAUCACCAUCACCAUCAACAACAUCAUCACCACCACCUCAAGGACAAGGAGCAGCAAUAAAACCCUUACUAGCAUCAAUUAUAACCGGAGUAAUUAUAUGGUUAAUCCCAACACCAGAAGGUGUAACAAAACAAGCAUGGCAACUUCUAGCAAUAUUCCUAUCAACAAUCGUUGGAAUAAUAACACAACCACUUCCAUUAGGUGCAGUAGCAUUAAUGGGUUUAGGAGCAUCAGUGGUAACAAAAACCCUGCCAUUUUCGGCCGCAUUCUCCGCAUUUGGAGACCCAAUUCCAUGGCUUAUUGCUCUAGCAUUCUUCUUUGCAAGAGGGUUUAUUAAAACAGGUUUAGGAAAUAGAGUGGCUUAUCAAUUUGUUAAGUUAUUUGGUAGUUCAUCACUUGGUUUAGGGUAUAGUCUUGUGUUUAGUGAGGCAUUAUUAGCACCUGCUAUACCAUCUGUUUCGGCGCGAGCAGGUGGAAUUUUUCUGCCUUUGGUUAAAUCACUGUGUGUUGCUUGUGGGAGCAAUGUAGGUGAUGGAAGUGAAAGGAAAUUGGGUGCUUGGUUGAUGAUUACUUGUUUUCAAACUUCAGUUAUUUCGAGUUCUAUGUUUUUAACUGCUAUGGCUGCUAAUCCAUUGAGUGCUAAUUUGACAUUUAAUACUAUUGGUCAAGUUAUUGGAUGGAUGGAUUGGGCUAAAGCUGCUAUUGUUCCUGGAUUGGUUUCUUUGAUUGUUGUUCCUUUGCUUUUGUAUGUGGUUUAUCCUCCUCAGAUUAAGAGUAGUCCUGAUGCACCGCGAUUGGCGAAGGAGAAGUUGGAUUUGAUGGGUCCUAUGAGCAAGAAUGAGAUUAUUAUGGCAAUUACUUUGCUUCUCACGGUAGGACUGUGGGUUUUUGGAGGAGUUUUGAAUAUUGAUGCAGUCACUGCUGCUAUUCUUGGAUUAUCAGUGCUCCUCAUAACUGGGGUUGUCACCUGGAAAGAGUGCUUAGCUGAAUCAGUUGCUUGGGAUACCCUUACAUGGUUUGCUGCACUUAUUGCCAUGGCUGGUUAUCUCAACAAGUACGGACUCAUUUCCUGGUUCAGUGCAACUGUAGUUAAGGUUGUUGGUGGUUUAGGUCUUUCAUGGCAGAUGUCCUUUGGCAUUCUUGUUCUUCUUUACUUUUUCCAUUACUUCUUUGCAAGUGGAGCUGCACAUAUAGGUGCCAUGUUCACAGCCUUCCUAUCAGUUGCUGGUGCACUCGGGACUCCACCAUUUUUAGCAGCCAUAGUUCUCUCAUUCCUCUCCAACCUUAUGGGUGGCCUUACCCACUACGGUAUUGGAUCAGCCCCAGUUUUCUAUGGUGCUAAUUAUGUUCCCCUACCCCAAUGGUGGGGAUAUGGUUUCCUAGUCUCAGUUGUCAACAUCAUAAUCUGGCUCGGAGUUGGAGGCAUUUGGUGGAAGGCCCUCGGAUUGUGGUGAUCAGGUGCUCGUAGAAUUUGUUGACCUUGCAAUUCAGUAGUUCUGGCAAUUACUUCUUACUAUACAAACUUCAAGAGGUAGCCUCUGAAAUUUUGUUUAUGAUUCGUUGAUCACAGUAAAUUUAUUUUCUUCUCUUGUCUUCGCGAAAUGAACAGACAAUGAAAUAUAAAGAGCAAAAGAGAAAGCUUAUAGUCUAAAUGUGUUGUACUGCCUUGAGAAUUGCUUUAGUUCCUGACAAACUGAUUAUUUGGGUAAUCAGAUAUAUAUAUUUUGAUCCUGAUUUCUUGUACAAAACAGUGGAGAAGUCCACAAAUUUUAUUACUGAAAUAGUGGGAUUUCCAUUUCUGUGCUUA